GAGCUCGAUGUUCGCGGAGCGCUACUGCUUCGACGAACCGGUGGACGAAGAGAAGCUUGCUGCCCUGGAGAAAAGCGCCGUCACGGCGGCAGGCCUGGAAUUGGUCACGUGCCGGACUUACUCCAGCACGUGGACGUUCCCCACCGCUGACAUCUGCCUCGAUGCAUACGUGCCGUUCUUCAAGCUGGACGCCAGGGUGCCGGAGGAAAAACGUGCACCUUUUUGGAACACUUGGAGAACUGCACUACAUGAGGCGUCCAACUCAAACUCCAGCGGCAUCAGCCUCGAUUGUGAUGUCCUGGUCGCGCACUCGCAGAAGCCUCCAGCUCCCAUUUAGACAACGCAUUCCGUGCGUGCAGUCUUCACAGCUUUCAACUGCAUGUGCUUCAUUUAAUUUUCUGCACAGUGGUGACUAGA